GCGUGUCUGCUCUGUUCUUCUUCUCGAUUCUUCCUCCCGACAAGCCCCCAAGCCACGGACUCUCUCCCCCUUGAAAAACCCGGUGAGAUCUUGAUGAAUUUCUCCUUCUUUUCUUGUUCUUGAACCCAGAAACUCCCCCCUCUCUGUUGGAAAUUCCAGAUCUGCUCUGCGUCUUUUCCCCCUUCUGCUGUUCGUCGGCUUCAGCUUGUGGGUUUGAAAUUUGGGCAUUUUUCGGGUAAGCCACAGCCGUGAAAAUCAUCUCUUUAGCUUUGAUUUGGCUUGGGUUACUCUAAUCUCUGUUUUGGUUCUUGAAUUUGGGUUAAUUCCGUGAGCUCCCCCCCCUGCACUUGCCGCCGACUUCUUCUCCCUGCUAGCUCCGGUUUUGCUUGUUAAAUUCCGGUUCUGAUCGUUCUGUCACCGUAGCACUUGGGUUAGCCUUCUAUUCUGUGCGAGUGAGGAAGCGAAACCGAGGACGGGGAAACCGAGGGGAGUGACGAAUCAGAAGGCUAGCCAUUCAAUUGGGGUAUAAGUUUUAGAUUUUAUCAUCCUUUUGUAAGGUUGAUUUUAUUCAUGAGAUUUUGUGAUUUGGAUAAGUUUCGAGCCUUGUGCACUUGUGGGACCCGUUUCACGAGUGCACGGCGUCUGUCGCGCCUCGGAUUUGGGUUCUGGGGCGUGACAAUAUUAAAUUAAAAUAUAUACUAAUUAGUGUCUUUUUUGGCAAUCAUCUUGAAAAGAUUUUUGUACUUCUUUUUUUUCUUGUUUCUUUCUUCUUUUGUCUUUUGUUCUCUUUGAAUUUCAAUUAAACAUAAAUAAUAAUGAAUAUUGAAGCGAGCAUCUAGCUCCUACAUCAUGCUAUUAUUCAUUCUUUGAAUUUCAAAGAAACAUAAAGUGUAAAC